UGAGGGAAAGGAAAUAAAACUCAGUAGCCGGACGGAGGUUGGAUUGGGGUUGUUUCCUUUCGGCAUACACCGGAGCGAGGAUAGCCCUCCUCGUCCUCCGACGAUUUCUACUGGCAGUAAGGCUACUAAAAUGUCCAAUCAAAAAAAGUGUCCAGAUUGUGGCUCCCUGGAAAUUGUGGAGGAUUCUCACUACACUCAGAACCAGUUGGUGUGUGCAGAUUGUGGCUUUAUUCUAACUGAAGGACUCCUCACAACCACAUUUGCUGAUGAAGAACAUUUACAAGAAGUGACAUAUUCACGAAGCACCGGUCAAAGUGAGCAGCUGAGCCGCUGCUUGCAGAGAGGAAUUAGGCGUGUCCGGGAUCUCUGCAAAGUUCUCCGACUUCCUUCUCUAUUUGAAGAUACAGCAGUGUCCUAUUACCAACAGGCAAUCAAGUGCCCCUGCUUUGCUUUGGUCAGCUUGGAGAAGAAGGAGAUAAUUAUAGGCUGCUGUGUUUUUGUGACCUGUCGACAGCACAACUGGCCCCUGACAAUGGGCACUGUCUGCUUGCUACUUUAUGCGGACAAGGAGCUGUUUUCCAGAACCUACCUGCGUUUCUUAAAAGAACUGGCACUGGAUGUACCAACUCUGAGCUUGAUUGAUCUUGUGAAAACACACCUCAGCAGCUUUAAGUUUUUCCAGGAAUCAUCCAGCAUCCCAGCCAAAUUUCUGGAAGAAAAAGAGACGCUGUUGGCACGGACAAUCCAGAUAGUGGAGCUUGCCAGCGAGACUUGGCUGGUGACUGGUCGGCACCCCAUCCCCAUUGUGAUGGCAGCAGCCUUCCUGGCAUGGCAGUCCUUGCAGCCUGUUGGCCGCCUCACUUGCACCCUUACCCAGUUCUGUAAGCUUGCUGGCAUGGACAUGCCACGGCCAGCCCCACAAAGACUGAAGGAACUGCAUAAUAUCCUCCUCCAGAUGGCCUCUCAGCUGGGUUGGUUGCGAGGGCUCAAGGUGGACCGGAGGACUGUGUCCAAGUACAUUGGAGACUUGCUGCAACAUCGCCAUGUGCUCCUGCGGGCUGCUUUCCGUACGGUGGAUACCACAGAAAAUUACGAGCCAGAGACCUCCACAGCACCACCAGCCCAGCAGCCUAUGAAAGCAACUGUUGCUUUGACAGAAGAGGCUUCCAUUGCUGGGAAGAAGCGGAUACCGUUGCUUCCACCUUGCAUCCUGUACCCAGCAAAGAAGCUUCGACCCAGCAAUCCAGACCCUGAGGGGCCACCCAUCACAGGGGAUGAGCCCAUUUUAGACAGCGAGGUAGAGCAAUACAUCCGGACUCCAGAAGAAAGGGAACUGUUUAGCAAAAUUCAAGCUCGCCUAUGCUAGUGAAGCUAUUGAGUGAGUCAUAAAAGUCUGCAAUCAGUGACAACAUAGGUUGGGUUUAUAUUUAUAGCCCAUAGACCCAGAGUUAUUUCUGUCCUGAGGUUAGAUGAAGGCAUGGUGUUCAGAUAAUGAUCUUUAAGAAAAAAAAACAACCUCACAUCUUAAUAGCCUUUUGCAAUGUUUUGCUUCAUAUGCAUUGGUUGGGGUUUCCUGAAUUUGCAUUACCAACAAAUGUAGAAGGUACCAGAUUGGGGAAAGCAGAUAGAACAUCAGCUCUAAAGUCUUUCACUAGAUGUUGAAAGAAAGUAAUAUUUAUUUUCCUAAAAGGCUGCUUUUUGACUUAGGUGUAUGCUGAUGAAAUUAAUGGUGAUGUGCUUCCACCACAUUUUUGAUCCUGGACAUCAGAAAUGUGUGGAUGUAAUCUUACUAUAUUAAAUGAUCUGCGUCAAAGAUG